AGCACAGCUCCUCCCCAUUCUGCCCUCCACUUCCUCUUGUGCUGGAGGUCUGGAUCAUAAUUUGCUAUGAAAGCAGCGCAGCAGCUCAUGAAGGUGUUUGUGACAAGGAGGAUACCACCAGAGGGGCAGAAACUGCUGUCUCAAGCUGAAAUCGAUGUCCAGCAAUGGGAUUCAGACGACCCUAUACCCAGAGCAGAGUUGCUGAAAGGAGUCACUGGAGCACAUGGGAUAUUUUGCCUAUUAUCAGAAAAGAUUGAUAAAGAGGUUCUAGAUACAGCUGGUUCUAAUCUUAAAGUCAUCAGCACAUUAUCCGUCGGAUUUGAUCAUUUAGCUUUGGAUGAGAUUAAAAAGCGUGGAAUCAGAGUGGGCUACACACCAGAUGUUUUGACAGAUGCCACAGCUGAGCUUACAGUAGCCUUAUUACUAACCACCUGCCGUCGUCUACCAGAAGCAGUGGAAGAAGUUAAGAAUGGAGGAUGGAAGACUUGGGCGCCAAUGUGGCUGUGCGGCUAUGGUCUGUCCAACAGCACAGUAGGAGUGAUUGGGCUGGGGAGAAUUGGAAUGGCUAUCGCCCGUCGCCUUAAACCAUUUGGGGUGAAAAGGUUUCUAUAUACAGGACGUCAGCCCAGACCCCAAAGUGCUGCUGAACUUGAAGCUGAAUAUGUGUCUGUGGAAAAACUGGCAGAAGAGUCUGAUUUUGUCAUUGUGUCGUGUUCUUUAACACCUGAAACUGAAGGUCUCUGCAACAAAAAUGUAUUUAAAAAAAUGAAAAAAACUGCUGUUUUUAUCAACACAAGCAGGGGAUCUGUGGUAAAUCAGGAGGAUCUUUACCAGGCAUUGGUCAGUGGACAGAUUUCAGCUGCUGGUUUGGAUGUCACAACACCAGAACCUCUUCCCACAAACCAUCCUUUGCUCAGCUUGAAAAAUUGUGUGAUUUUACCUCAUAUCGGAAGUGCCACCUAUGCAACCAGGAACACCAUGUCUGUUUUGGCUGUAACCAACCUGUUGAAAGGUCUGACUGGAGAGCCAAUGCCAAGCGAACUUAAAAUGUGAAGCUAAACUCAAAAAGCUUUUAAGUGCUGCAACAAAUACUUGGGGAUUUUUAUUUUGUUGAAGAACAUUCACUAAAAUUCACUUCUGUAACAGUUUCUGGAAAAAUAAAAUGAAACAAUUAAACAGGAAUAACAAUA